AUGAUAUUUUAUUCACAAUUAAAACUUUGUUGUUUUUUUAUUUACCUUUAUGCCUAAGGGUAAUGGUCGAAUCAAUUGGCACUUUUAACCUAAAACUAAAAAUUUUAACAAAUUACAAGCACAAUUGCAUACUAAUCUAAUUAUGCAGGAGGAUUUGUAACAAUUACUCAACCUCUAUCAACUGCAAACUUUAUCGAUUGCGCUAGCCCUCUUACUAGCUAUAUAACACUGAAUAAAGAUUAUACUAAUGCUUAACUUUAUUAUAGUUAAUUUAUAGAGAGUGGUGGGAUUAUUUCCUUUGACCUUUAUUUUCAUGGUACUUGGACAAAUGAAAUUAUCACUUUUAUGUUUGGGACGUUUUCAUAUUCCUUUACGUACACUUCCCCAACUAUUUAUCUUAUGACAAUAGGAUUUUGUGAUUCUAUUGCCUACGAAGUCAAAACUAUAAACUUAACAAUACCUUCCUCAAGUACUAGUUAAAUAACAUUUAAAUCAGAAAUAAAUGGAAAUGGAUAAGCUUCAAUAAGAAAUAUCAUGUUUUCUCAUCUUAAUAACAUUUGUUAUCCAUCUUGUUUAGAAUGCACAGGACCUGAAUAAAAUUAAUGUACAUCAUGCUAUUAUGGCUCACCAACCAAUAAUAUUUGCCCUUAAUGUCCUUUAAACUUAUUUUAUAGAAAAAAUCAAGGUUGCCAUUAAAAUUGUCUAUUUUCAUAACAAAAUUAUGUAAAUGGAUUCUGUCAAAGCUAUACUUGUAAAUAUUGAUAUAAAUUUAGAAAUCAAUUAUUUUAAUUAAUAUUUCUAUUUGCUAACUUCGUCAACAACCAUAUUAUAAUACUCUUUGAUUUUUGACCCACAACAUAUUGAAACUCGUCCCUCUGUCUUAGAGAAUUUUGUAUUCGGAAUAUUUAAAUUGAAUUCAGGGUUUUAUAAAUUUAUUAGUUUUUCAUCUAUAAUGAAUAAACAUUAUUUAAUAGGUUUGAAAAUAGAACUGUGGAUUUUUAAUUUGAUACCACAAGGAAGUGGUAUCGAAUUAAAAAUUAAUAACACUUAUUUUGGUUCAAUAUUCUCAACAAAUAUAGGAAUUUAAACUCAUAAAAUCAAGAUUGAAAAUAUGUAUCAACUCUCUUCUUCUUAAUGUCUUACAUACACAAGUUGUCAGAUUUAUGAAUUAUAUGGAUUUUUUGAUAUACCUCCAUAUUAAUUUCUAUUAAAAGUAUAAGGAAAUUUUACGUAAUAUUCAUUAUCUAUAACAAAAUUAGAGAUGCAUAAGCAGGUUGGGGAUUUCGCUCAAUUACGGUUACAUCAGGAUAUUGUUCCCAAUAAUGUUUGACUUGUGAAGUACCAUUCGUCUGCAUAACUUGCAUUAGUGGAUAUUAUAAUUAUAAAUAAGGUACUUGCAUAGCUAGUUGUUCUGAACCUUAUUAGAAUCUUGUCAAUUCAUAUUGUUAAGAUUAUGAUGAUGAAACACCAUGUAAGAAUAUACUUAUAUUUAGAUUCAAAAUAUUUAAUUUAAGAAUAUAUAAAUUUAGCACAUGAUCCCUUAUAAUACUAAAAUUAUUUAUUGUAAUCUCAAAACGGAGUUAAUUUCUUGAAAGGUUUAAAUAUUUACUAUUCUUUUUGGUCCUCGAAAAGGAUAUUUGGAGGUCAAUAUGUUUGGGCAUAAGCUAAAUUUUAAAGAACAUUCAACAAUCUAAAACCUCAUCAUGGUGUCACAAUUGGAUUUUAUAUUUUAUAUGGUCCUAAUUUCCCUAUGAAUGGUCAAUUUAUAUACAGAAUUGAUUCUAGAACUCAAGUUGAAAAAUCUUUAAGCGAUGGAUAUGAUAAUAAUUACGAUAAUACAAAAUACUAGAGAAUUUAUGAAAAAAUAGGCCAUACGAGUAAUUAAAUGAUGCUUGUGUGGGAAUGUUUUGGGCCAAAUAAUGAACCUUUUUAAGCAUAUUGUGGUGUUUAUAACUUUUAUAUUGCUGUUCAUUAUUGUCAACCUUAUUGUUUAUCGUGUAUCAAUUAAAAAACAUGUACAUUAUGGGAGAGCACUUAUAAUUCAAAUUUAAUAAAGUUUUCUUAAGAUGAAUGUUUGUCUAAUUAAUAUUAUAAUACACCUACACUUAGUUGUUUAGAUUGUCCUUCUUCAUGUUUGAGUUGCACUUCAAUAUUCCAUUGUUUAUCUUGUUAAGAUACUUAUACUUAAACAAAAGAAGGGUGUGUUUGUAAAAUAAAUGAAUAUGAAUAAUAAAACAAAUGUUAUAAUUGCCCAAUAGAAUGUAAUUAAUGCCUAAGUUCAACUUAGUGUAUUGAAUGUUUAACAAUAAAUAAUAGAAAACUUUUAGAUUAAUAAUGUGUCUGCAUUGAUGGUUAUUAUCCAACCAAUAAUAACCCAAUCUGUCUAAUUUGUAAUAAAUUUUGUGAGAGUUGUUUUGGUCCUACAAAUAAUGAGUGUAUAUCAUGCAAAAAUAUAAAUAUGAUAUAAAAAGUGGAAUCAACUUGCUCAUGUCCAUAAGGUAAAUGUUAUGAAGAAGAAACAAAUUCCUGUAAUACAUGUCAUUUUUCCUGUUUGACAUGUUUUAGAACAACUAUUAAUGGUUGUCUUACUUGCAAUUAAUCAGAAAAUAGAGUUUUAAAAGGUUUAGAAUGUGUUUGUCGAUCUGGAUAUUAAGAAAUAAACAAUGUUUGCUUAGGUAUUAAUUUAAAUAUUAUAUAGCCUGUCCUAUAUUUUUAGAUAGUUCUUUGACUCAAUGUUAUAAAAAUUGUGAUUAUAAUUUAUAAAUUUGGCAUACUUAAAUGUGCAAUUAAUGUAGCUAGGGAUUUAUUAUGGAAUUUGAUGAAUGUCGUCCUUUUUGUGGUGAUUUAAAAGUAGAAGGAUAUGAACAAUGUGAAGAUGGUAACAAUAUUUUUGAUGAUAAAUGUUUCAAUUGUUAAUUUCAAUGUCCAAAAAACUGUUUGACUUGUGAUUCGUCUACAAUUCUACCUUGUCCUGAUAUCUGUGGAGAUGGUUUAAUUACAGGUAAUGAAGAAUGCGAAGAUGGAAAUAACGCUGAAUAUGACGGAUGUUAUAAUUGUCUAUAUUAAUGUUAACCUUAAUGUACAAUAUGUAUUAAAGGAUUAUGCUAUGAAUGUGCAACAAGUGGAUGGUCUCUAGAUUAUACAUAAACUCCUUAGGUUUGUAAAGAAAUAUGUGGAGAUGGUAUAAUAUUAGGUACUGAAUAAUGUGAAGAUGGGAAUUCAAUUGAUACAGACGGAUGCAAAGAUUGUCGAUAUUUUUGCAGACAAGGUUGUUUAUCUUGUGAUUAUACUACAAAUACUUGUUUAAGUUGUGGAACAGGAUUUAAACCAGUUAAAUUUUAUUGUAAAAAUAUAUGUGGAGAUGGGAUAGUUGUGACUGAUCCAACUGGAAUUCAUUCGGAAUAAUGUGAUGAUAAUAAUACUGAUUCUCUUGAUGGAUGUGAUAGUUUCUGUUAAUAUUAAUGUCCAUUACCAACUAUUUGUGAAAGUUGUGUUGAUUAAAGAUGUUAGGGUUGUUCAGAAGGAUAUAAACUUUCAGUAGAUUAAAUGUGUCUUCCUGUUUGUGGAGAUUCAAUCAAAGUAUAACUAGAGUUAUGUGAAGAUGGAUUAAUUUUACCUUACUAAGGUUGUUAAAAUUGUUAAAACAAAUGUUAACCUUCAUGUAAAUCUUGUAGUACAAUAGGUAGAGGCUGUUUAACGUGUUAAAAAGGCUAUAAAAUAAUAGAUAAAGUAUGUAUUCCUAUCUGCGGUGAUUAUAUAGCAACUGAAGAUGAAGAAUGUGAUGAUGGUAAUCUCGUUUAUGAUGAUGGAUGUCAUUUAUGUAAAUUUAAUUGUUAAGCUUCCUGUGGGCUCUGUUUAAAAGGAAUAUGUUUAGAUUGUAUAGAUGGGUAUUAAUUAAUACAAUCAAAAUGUUAUUCCAUUUGUGGAGAUGGGAUUCAAACAUUUUAUGAGUAAUGUGAUUACUUUGAGGGACUCGAAUAAUUUGAUGGAUGCAAAAAUUGUAUAUAUUAAAGUAGUGAAAAUUGUAAAAUAUUUCAAUUUGGUUUCUGUUAACUAUGUAAAGAAGGUUAUGAAAUAUCUCCCAAUUUACAAUAAUAAUGUAUUAAAUCAUUAGAUAAACCUAAUAAAACUAUUGAUCAUUGUUUAUUUCCGGUUUAAGAUACUUGUCUAAAAUGCAAUCUAAAUGCAGAUUAUGAUAUAUUUAAUGAAAACUGCAAAAAACAUGAAAUAACAUAAACCUAAUGUGAAUUGUAGAUGAAAAUAUCUCUUAAUCUCUAUUGUAAUUAAUGUUAUUCUUUUUGCAUUGAAUGUUAUAAAGAAGUUUGUGUUAAAUGUUAAGAAGGAUAUUAUUUAAAUUAAAUAAAUUAAUGUGUUUCUUAAUGUGGUGAUGGAAUUCUUGCUUAUGAUGAAUUAUGUGAAUUUAACGAUAAGGAUUGCUUUAGUUGUCAAAUAAUAAAACAUCAAUAAUGUAAAUAUUUUCAUGAAACUUGUUUGCUUUGUGAAUAUGGUUAUUAUUUAGAUAUUGUAAACAAUUCUUGUUUCUCUAUUUGUGGGGAUAAUUUAGUUGCUUCAAAUGAAGAAUGUGAAGAUGGUAAUGAAUUUAAAUAUGAUGGAUGUUACCAUUGUAAAUAUCAAUGUCAAUUGGAAUGUUUAGAUUGUUAACUAGGUAAUUGUUCUAAAUGUGAGGACACUUUUAUUUUGAAUUAAUCAAACCGUUUGUGUGAAUAAUUGGAAUUAUGCGAUGAUUAAUAAGGAUUAUAUUAUGAUAAUUAUACAAAUGAUUGUCUUCCUAGAUGUGGAGAUGGAAUAGUAAAAGGUAAAGAAUAAUGUGAUGAUAAUAACAAUAUUCCUUAUGAUGGUUGUUUUGACUGUUAAUAUCAAUGCGAUAAAAAUUGUACAAAUUGUUAGUAAGGAAUCUGUUUUGAUUGUGAAUUAGGAUACCAAUUAAAUGGAUAGAAAUGUGAAUCUAAAUGUGGAGACGGUAUCAAAAAUGGUAAUGAGUAAUGUGAUGAUCAAAAUGUUAUAAGUAGAGAUGGAUGUACUUUAUGUAAGAUUGAUUCAAAUUAUGAAUGUUAAGAGGAUUAAAAUAAUCUAAGCUUUUGUUUUAAAUGUUAAGAUCAUUGUAUGGAAUGUAUUUAUAUAAAUUCAAUAAAUACUUAAUGUUAGAAAUGCGAUAAAGGAUACUUUCUCAAAGAUAAUACAUGUAAUUAAUGUUCAGAAAAAUGCGAAGAAUGCGAAAAUACUCCGAAUAAUUGUAAAUUAUGCAAAACUUCAGAUUGCUCAAUAUGUGAUAAAAUAUCUGGUUUGUAUUUAGAUUAAUAAUUAAAAUCAUGUGUUAAUAAAUGUGGAGAUAAUAUUAUUUAAGGCGGCGAAUAAUGUGAUGAUGGUAACAAUAUAGACAUGGAUGGUUGUAAUUCAAAAUGUCAAGUUGAAAAAGAUUUUAUUUGUAAAUCAGGUGUUUGUUAUUAAUCACCCAAAAAAAAAAUUGAUUUCUCUUAUAAGAAUUCAACUACAACAAGCGAUAUUUAUUUAUUAUUUGAAGAAUUAGAAUUGGAAGUAGUAUGUGAUAAAUUAAUAAUAACAAUAGAAGAAUUUUAAUCUAAUGAAUUUAAUUAUUCAGUUUUUAAGAGAUCUGAAAUUUAAGAAAAAAUUUUUGGAUGUGAAAUCCGGUUUAAUUUUUUCAGAUCCAUUUUAGAAGCUAAUCUCAUUCAUUUACUUGUUCCAUUAAUAAAAGAAUCUAAUCGAAUUCUUGAUGAAGAAAUGAGAGAAAUUAUAAUAACUCCAAGGAAAUAAGUUUUUUAUAAUUAAGAAUAAUAAGCCUAAGCAAAAAAUGUAGUAUCUGCUUCAUCUACAUUUACACUUUUACUUUAACUAAUUGGACCUUUAACAAUAAUUUUAGGAGGAUUUAAUUUUUUCUGGACUAUUUUAGAUAUUUUGACAUGGAUCAAUAAUUUCUAUUUCCUAAACGUAGACUAUCCUUUAAAUGUUAAAAUGUUUUUUAAUUAAUUAGAAUGGGGUGAUAUAAUGAAUAUACCAGAUGUAAUAUCAUUAAAUUAACCAGAUGACGCAUAUUAUUUUGAAGCUCCCCCUAAAUUUACAGAGAAAGAUGUUAAUCCUCUAUUUUUCAAUAAUAUUCAAAUAUUUAUUAUAAUGAUUUUUCUAGUAUUUUUGAUGUACUUUUUAUCUAGAAUCUAUGUAAAUUUUAUUGAGACAAAAUAUUACUUUAGAACUAAAAGGACUCAUCAAAUAGAAAUUUUCUCACUUAAUUAAAAUUAGUAAUAAAACCAUACCAAUUUAAAAAUUAAUUAAUAAAAAAAAGUUAGUAAAAAAAUCUCUCAACCUAUUCGAAAUCCUCCUUAAAUAUUAAGUUUAAUUUAUAAAGAGGCUCUGUAGUUUAAUUUGAAUUUUAGAGCAAAAUUAAUUUAAGUAAUAGGUUUAGUUUUUUUAGAUAUUUGUUUAGCAUGUGUACUUUAACUAAAAUAUUCAUAGAAUUAAAAUUUUUCAAUUAUUAUCAUUAACAUCAUAUCAGCUUAUAUAGGAAUACUAUUCAUUGUCUUAAUUUUUAAAUUGUAUAAAUUUGUUUGUUCCCAGCAUCCAAUUCUGUAUUAAAAUAAAAAAUUCUCCUAAAAUUAUUCUUCAUUAUAUGAAGGAAUCAACACUAAUAAACAUUUAGCUAAAAAUUAUUGUAUUGUUAACUUAAUCCGUAAAACAAUGUUUAUCUUCUUUACAGUUUAUUUUUAUGAAUUACCAUUACUAUAAACCUCCUUUUGUUGUUUAUCAUGCUUUUCAAAUUUGGCUUUAAUUCUUUAUGAAAAUCCCUUUGAGAAUAAAAAGAUUUUAAUAUAAAUUGCUAUUCCUGACUUUUGUAUAUUCAUUAUUAUUUUCUUAACUGUUAUAUUAGCUAUUCAUGAUGUUGGUGAAAUAUUAAAUUUUCAAGAAAAGUAUAUGAUUGGUUGGAUUAUUUUAUUUUUUAUAGGGUUUUCUAUAUUUAUACAAUUAGUUUUUUUGUUAAAGUAAUUUUAUUAGGAUAUGAAAGAAAGAUAUUUAUCAAUAAAAGAAUUUAUUAAAAAAAGGAAAGAACAGAUUUAAGGUUGA